UUCCUGAAUUGCCCUGGCCGCUAAAUCCAGUUCUGAAUAAAUUCACAAUACAGUGAAACCGCAUUUAAUCUGUGUACAGUGGCCAGUAUUAUAUAAAUAUUUUAGGGGGCAUUGGAUAAUUCCUUCAUGUAAUGAUAUGGAUAAGUCUGUCUGGCACCCUGUAUGUGCCUGUGCUGUGUGCGCAUUGGUGGCUUCACCUGCCAGUCACUUCAGACCCCUCCCCCAGGGGACACUCCGCCUGCAGUGUCACUGGGUCUAGGGCUGUCCCUGAUUGUUGCAGUCCCACUGCUGGUUUUGUAAAUCCUCCAGCAUUUUACAAUGGGGAAUUCCAUUCCAGCUCACACAGCUGAAAACACUACAGAGAUAUAUAACCGAUUUAUCUCCAAAUUACGGGUAUGGCUACUAAUCAGGGAUUCUGGGAGUUGUAGUUCAGCAACAAACGAAGGACUGCAGGAUGGCACUCCAAAUUGUAGGAGGAGGCGCACUGUGGAGGAUUUCAACAAGUUCUGUACAUUUGUUUUGGCGUAUGCUGGUUACAUCCCAUACCCAGAAGAGGAGACCCCUCUGAGAGCAAGCUCCAGUCCUCCAAAUAGCACAGGCAGUACUGUUGACAGUGAUAGCUGGGACUCAAGAUACCAGGACCUUCCGCCGAGUGAUGCUUUGCCAAUCAAAAAGCGGAAAAGCUUUUCUGACCUGAAGCAUGACAGGAGCUAUCCCACUGUGCUGAAACGGUCCAAACUGAACUCCUUUCUGCUGGACAGGAAGAAAAUAGACAAAAUCAAGAAGAAGAAAAAGCUAAAGAAAAAGGAACUGGAGGCAUUCAAGCAAGAAGAGCCUGUAACACCUGUAAUAAAACUGGAGCCUGUAGAGACCCCCAUAGAAGAGACCACUCCGAUCAGUCCUAUUGCUCUUAUCCCAGAUGAUCAUUUGGAGCUGAAAAGGUCACCACCCCACGAGAUACAGGAACCUGUGCCAGAGAACUGCAGCACCAGCACAGACAGUCCCUCUGUUUCAAUGUCCUAUGAGGAUACAGAAGAAAUAAAGACUGAGUAUUCCGAGGUCAACCUGGGGAAGCGAACAGUCAUUCGACAGGGGAAACAAGUAGUGUUUCGGGACGAAGACAGCACAGGAAAUGAUGAAGAUAUUAUGGUUGAUUCAGAUGAUGACUCGUGGCACCUUGUAACUUGCUUCUGCAUGAAGCCUUUUGCUGGGCGACCAAUGAUCGAGUGCAACGAAUGCAACACUUGGAUUCACCUCUCCUGUGCCAAAAUCCGCAAAUCCAACGUUCCAGAGAUUUACGUUUGCCAAAAGUGCCGAGACACCAAAUUCGACAUCCGGCGAUCAAACCGCUCGCGUAUGGGCUGCAGGAAAUUAUUUCUGGACUAGUGUGGCUCCAAACAGAACCGUGUGCCCACGGACACAAAGCAGCACUAUAAGCACACGGACAUUUCUCUCAGAUACUAUCUUCGAAUUCAACAAUAAAACACGUUUAGGUUUAAUCUGGGCACAAACGUGCAGGUGAAGAUAAUCGUGCAUUGCUUUCUGUGUUUUGUGUUCUAUCUUUUCUGUCCACAGGUGGGUGAAGGGAUUUAACAAUUCUCUAUAACAGUACGCUCAGCGUGUUUGCACCAGGGAUUACAUGGCAACGUAUUGGAUUAUACAAUACUUGCUCUUUCCUCUGCUAAAAGUUAAAAAAAAAACAAAAAACUAAAAGUUGAAGGUUUCUAUGAAGGACAAAGAUUAAAAAUUCAAGAUGUUUUACGUUUGUAAGCAUAUACAUCUGUGUUGGCUAAUGUGCUCGUU